AGUUGUAAACCCUAAACCUGUAAUUGAGUGAGAAAGGAAGUAGAGAUAUUUCUAAAUCAGACCCAAAAUUCAUCUUUCCAGGCAGAUCUUCAGUUAAGAGUUACAAAAUCAUGUCUUCAUGACCAUUUUUGUUUACACCAUUAAUAUCUCUUUGGCUUUCUUUUUUUCUUGAUGUGAGCUACAAACCGUACGCUUAGUCUCUGUCUCUGUCUUUUACCAGGAUCUUUCUUUUUGAUGAUGUGAAAGUUAUUGUUUUGUUUCUAAGGAAAAAAAAGUCAUAUUCUUGAUUCUUAAUUAUUGAUUCUUGAUUCUUGAAGGUUCUUAAGGUCGGUGAUGAUGUCGUCUUCCAACAAGGAUGGUAAUAACCAUGGAGUAUACCCUCUCUCGCUUUACCUUUCUUCACUACCUGGCCAUCAAGACAUCAUCCGUAAUCCCUACAACCAACAGUUAACAGCAUCUCCUGGCCAAAUGGUAUCAGCAGUUCCUGAGUCUCUUAUUGAUUACAUGGCCUUUAACUCAAACGAUGCUGUGAAUCAGCGGCAAGGUUUCGAGCUUCCUGAGUUGUCGAGAGAAAUCAAGAAGGCAGUGAAGAAGGACCGGCACAGCAAGAUUCACACGGCACAAGGUCUUAGAGACAGGAGGGUAAGGCUUUCUAUUGGUGUUGCUCGCCAAUUCUUUGAUCUCCAGGAUAUGUUGGGGUUUGAUAAAGCCAGUAAAACGUUAGACUGGCUGCUCAAAAAAUCGAGAAAAGCCAUCAAAGAGGUUGUACAAGAAAAAAAACUCAACAAUGGUAAUGAAGACUUUGGAGACAACGGAGGCGAUGUAGAAGAAGAGGUGGAAGAGGAGGAGGAGGAGGAGGAUGGCGAUAACAGCUUGGUGUAUGGUUCGAGCCCCGAGUCUUGCGGGAAAAAAGUGUUAUGCGAGGCCAAGAAGGCAGAUAAGAGAAAGAAGAACAACGAGAGAUCAAGAGACAACGCUAAAGGAAAAGCAAAAGAGAGAUCAAGAAAGAUGGCAUAUGAUAAUCCAGAAACCGUUUCCGAUAUCACACAAUCUGAAACAUUGGACUCAUUCAAUAGGUCUAUAUUCUCUAACGAAGGGGAAGACAUGACACAUUUUUUCUACAAGGAAACAAUUGGAGAGUUUGGUAAUCAAGAUCCUAUCUCAACCAAGAUGAAGGUUAACAUGCCGACCAAUAUGGAUCAAAGUUACAAUCAAGAUACUGGAGCAUUUAUGUUAAUAGAUCAGGGUUCUAGCAGCAACUAUAGUACCAUUGAUCUGCCUCUUUUGGAUUAUAAUUAUGAGCAAAACCCUUUUGUUGACCAAACCUUUUGUGCAGUCACCGACACCAGUUUCCCCGGAGGGCUCCCAUAAUCUUGAUAUUUUCCAAGGACUAGGCAUCAAAUUUAAACAUGUAAGCCAG